UUGGUUGGUGAUUCUCAACUUAAUUAUCUCGUUUCUCUGGCUCCCCUUGUGUCUUGCAAAUCAUCUAUCAUAAUCUCUGAGUCUCGAGGCUAUUAUGUCCUUUUACCGUAGCUGGAGUUGUUUCGAUUCUCCUUUUCCCCGAAUGUAACCGACAUCGGAGUCAUCCGCCAUCGUUUACCUCCUUUCUUCUCGGAUUAGGAUCACUGCCGUACAACUGUUGUUCUAUCUGCUCAAAACUUUCGGUUUCAUAUAUGUUUCAUUUGUCAUUCAGGUAUCACAAGAACAAUAUUACAGAAAUAUUAAUACAAUAUUGAGCAUCAAACUGUGAUGCGUUUGGUUUACGAAUAUUUCUAAAGGAAUUGGAAUUUGUCAAAGAAGUUGGAAUCUGAAGGAACUGGAUUUGGAAUUUGGAAUUCGAAAUUUGGCAAAAGGAUUUUUUUUUUAUUCAAAGGACCUUAAAUCUAUUUAAGGAAUUUGAAUUUGUAAUUAAUUUGGGUGACAAAACAAUAAUACACAAAUUGGAAUGUAUCACGACAAACAUCGCCUACCGGUGAUACUGCCGCCACCUCCACCCUUGCCACCCCCAAAAGAAAAGAGUGAAGCAUCUUCUGCUGGGAAAAUACAUAUAUUGGCUCAUAAUAAUUUGAACAUGUUUUGUUUAAAUUAUCUAAAAAAGGCCACAAGCAAUUUCAAGCAUAAUAUGAGGUCAAUGAUAGGUGGAGGAGAAUUUGGGGAGGUUUUUGAAGGAGAAUUUGUCAUAAGGCAUUACUCCUCGUACCAAAUUUGUGAGGACCGCCGAAGGGUUGCCAUAAAGAAAUUUCGUCACUACAAGAUUCGAAAAUGCAUGAAUGCGAAUGGCAUUAUAAAGGUUGUUGAUAUGGCAUUCUUAAGAGAAUUUAAUCAUCCGAACAUUGUUAAGGUUCUAGGCUACUGCUUUGAAGACGAAACACUAUACCUUAUCUACGAAUUCAUGGCGAAUGGAAGCUUAGAUUCUCACCUUUUCACAAAAGACAAAAUACCACUUCCAUGGAAGGCGAGAGUGAAAAUCGCAAUGGGAAUAGCUGAUGCCCUUUUGCACUUGCACACAACACAGAAUCAGGUUGAUGAUUUCUCCAUAAAGAUACAUCAGAUAUUGCUGGACAAGGACUUCAAUGCAAAGAUUUCUGACUUUGAAUCUGCAAUUCUAGUAUAUGGGGGUUCUUUCAAUAAGAUUAAACAUUGUCAUAACUCUAAAUACGAGGGCAUUGUCCGUUCUUUCGGAGUAUUAUUGAUACAACUAAUAACUGGUGAACGUAUUAGUGACAUCGGUAUUGCGAAUCUACGACAAAACAUGUGGGAUCCGAAAGGAGAAAUUAGAAAAGAGAGCUUGAGGAGAGCAAUGGAUCCACGCCUGCAUAACAUAGAUAACACUACAAUUAUGGAGGCAAUGAAAUUAGCACUCGAUUGCGUUGCUAUUCCUUUUUUUCGUUUGAAGAAAGCAGCGGAUGUAUUAACACAAAUCUAUACUCAUAUCAUAAAAUGUGAUGUGCCUAAUUAGCUGAUAUAGAUCUCAUGGUCUAAAAAGACAAGUUAUCACUUAAAUACUUAUAUGAGUAUGGGUAACUAAGGUCGUCUCUCUAGGGAAAUUUUGGAAAGUGUUUGAUCAAUUAUCAGAAAUAUAAAAGCAGUUUGGAGUUUUAAGUAGAGAAUUCUGAUUGAGAAAGUUAUCAGUUUAAAAAAAAAAAAAAAAACAACCCCGUUGGGAAUUCAGGUUCUAAGUUUCACACAAAACUUGUUUAGUUAAUUGGACACCUGAACCAUUAAUAUUAGUGAAGAAUCCUUACCAAUUAUCUGGUAACCAAGAUAAAAGAAGCAAAACUUAUAUCUUAUCGUCAAAUUUAAUAUCGACUGAUAAUAAAUAGAAUAUAAGGGUAUUGAAUUCAUUAAUGUGAGCAAUAAUAGACAAACCUUUCUAACUCAGCAUGGGUAUUAAAUUCAUAACCCAUGAGCGGUCUAAUCAAGUAUACCUUAUUAGACACAUAUAGUUUCUCAUACAUGUUUGAUAGAGUUGUCAUAACUCAUAACCCCAUGAGCGGUAGUCUCUUUCACGAUGUUGAAAGCCACGUUCUUGGUUAAAAUGCACCUGAUGAUUGCUAGGGCUUUUCUAUCCAAGUCAACCCAUUCUUCAUCCUUUAUCUUCUCACCGAAGAAGAUCUUUCUGACUCAGCAAGUCCUCGACUUGCAUCUUCCACCAUCCAAAGUCAUGUCCAAUGAACUUCUCAAUCAUGUUCUUUCGGUCCUCAUCCAUCAUCUUGACUUGAGUUUUCUAACGGAAGCAAACUGCCAAAAGUGAACUUAAAACAUGAGAGCAAACUGAAUCGGUGGUUCUGUCUAAGUGGCAGCGGUUUGAAAGACUUAUCGGGGUUGGCUGCAGCGGUGCUUCAACAGAUUCGACAAGAAGUUAGCGGCGGCUGAGAGGAACCCUAAUAUGCGUUUGGUAAGUAGCGGUGGUGCUCUGGCUGCCCAGAAACGACGGUCAGCGGUUUGUGUAUUAGCGGCGAAACCUAAAACGACGGCUAGGUUUGCGAGGACGGUAUGGCGUCUAGGGUUUUGUUUUGUGUUAUCAAUCAAGAGCAAGUGCUAUGAUAGUUGUUAGGAUCACACAAGCAACACACAAACACGCAUAAAACAUGUAAAGGACACAAAAGAUUUUACGUGGUUCAGUCGCGGACUCGCGGUGUGCAACCUACAUCCAUGGGGCAACGAGGGCUUUUUGUUAUUGAGUGAAAAUGAAUUACAAGUACAAGAGUUAUAUUUAUAGACUAAAAUUAUGGUUAAUCCCUUGGUCAACAAGUUAACUAAACUGGGCCUAACUGAUUAGGGCGCGGUCAGAAACCCUAAUAUGCUCUUCCUGAUCUCAAACUAUCUUUAAAUGGGCCGAAGCCUGCAUGUCUUAACACAUGCAAUCAUUUUUGGUUUGGUUACUAAGUUGCAAGAUUCAGCUACAUAGACAUAAGUAUAUUGAUCAUUCUAGUGACGUAGAGCUCGAUUCAUGUACUUACACACUGACUGUCCAAUCUUUAACUAAACUAACUAGGGUGUACUAGGCACAACAGAGUGAUAUACUAUAGAUCACUUGUCAAAUCAAUGCAGAAAUCAAUCACACCAAAACGAAUACAAAUCACAUCCUAUGAUUAACAUAUGUUAAAAGGC